AUGUCUAACGAAGUUUUGCAUAAGCAAAGCUUAAAGAGAAAGCGUCAAUCGUCCAGUAAAACUGAACGAAAACGCCCACGCUUAGCUGAAGAGAAAACUCCCAGCUCAAAGACUCACAAUUGUGAGGACACGCCGUGUCUGGAUGUUAAGACACAGAAGACAACCAAACGAGUAAGUCUUUAUAUCAAAGAAUUAAAGAGUCGUCAAGGAAUUACCACUGUUUGCUGAAAUCUGGAAAAUUUCAAAACACUUCUGAAACACUCAUUAUUUUAGUCUGAAACUUAAAGAUUUUCUUCAGUUUUCCUGUACAUGCAUGGGAGCGGUUUUAAGUUUGUAAGAAAAUGUCUUUCGCUCUCUUGGUGUUUUUUUACUUGUCGGAUACCUUGAAAAAUUCAUUUAACUGCUACAAUUAGGCUAUUUUUGAAAGUAAUGAAUAUGAUAUUCUUACAAUCAGUUUUUCUGUAUCUCUGAGCCCAUGUCGUUUCUCUACACAGGUCUGUUUCAGUGAGACGAGACCCAAUGUGAGCCUGAAAAAGAACAGGUAACGAUUUUCGCUUAAGAAUCAAUAUUUCAUCGAAUACUUUCCUUGACUUUCUUCAACAUUCUAAUUGCUGUCGUUUUCUUGCAGGCAAAGCUCGAGAAAGGCCUGGAGCGAGACAGCAAAAGAUUUGGUCGACAAGCAAAAUGUUUCCAAAGAAAAACUUUGCCUCGACCCUAAAGUAAGUGCCAGUAUAUUUUGUCACAAGCAAAACUGUCCACUUUGCUGUUUUUUUAUUAUUAUUAUUUAAAACUGGUCAUGUUGUAUAAAGUGAACCAGUGGAACGAAGAUUCAGACAGCUCCAAGCUCCAACAAUUCCUUUGACUUCCCGUUGUUGUCUAGUUGAGCGAAGCUAUAAGCAGUAACAAAACUACAAGAGAAUAUAAAGACAAAAUUCUUUUCCUUGUAAUCGCUACAACUGUUGAUGACUUAAAGUUUAAUAGGCGUAUGAGUUUUGUGAAAAGCUAAACUUUGUCUCUUUGGCCAUUAACCGAAGGUGGUGAUUAAUAUAAAGCGGGACGGGAAGUUUCUAUGAGACAGGGCUUCUGAUAGGUCGCGGAAGAAAAAGUCAAAUUUCGCGCGAUUUUUAGGGACAAAUUCGCGGAAAAAUCGGCCGAUUUCUCGGGAAUUUCGAGGGAGUUUUCGGGGCAAACUUCACCAAAAAGCAAUCUUGAAUUCGAACAAUUGAUCACGAUAGGCAACAUUAGUUCGUUAUCCAAUGAAUUAUUUUGCUCAUUUUUGCACUUCAGAAUUGUAAUGACUUUUUCCCUUUUAAUUUAGGUAAAAAACUGGUUUAAUAAAGCAGAACAAGAAACAUGGACCUAUUCUUCCACCUCAAGUGGCUCAGGUUUAUUCGACGCUGAAGGAGAAAAAACUAAUCACUCAGAAUUUAUCAGGAAAAUCAGCUCAGACCGUAAGUAAAAUAUCAGCGAAAAAAGAAGAAUUAACGAAAUAACUACGAUAUCCGGCCCUUAAAUAACUUGCUGUUAUUCUUUGUCACCAUCUUCGAACGGAAUUUAGAACUAUUACACGCCACGAUUGUUACGCUCGAUCUCCAGAACGUCACUGUAAAGUCAGUAAAAAUUCUGAGAAGUAAUCCUUUCAAUUUUGUCUUCCAGAUCGUUUUGCUAGAUAUGUAAUGGGAGAUCUGAUCGGUUAUGGCUCCUUUGGCCUCGUUGUCGCCGCCACUCGAAAAACAGAUGGAGCACCGGUAUGAAAAUAAAUCCGCACCCGCUUUAACUUUCAGUUGUAAACACCUAUUUAUCCUCGAAUUCAAGUACGUGGUCUUUUUUCCUUAGUGUAAGUCGCCCAAAAAUCAGCCCGCCUGUGAAAUUGCUUACCGCCUAUUUCAUGCACCUGCAUUUUUUAUGAGGCCGGAAUUAGCCACUUCACUGGCAAUUGACAAGGAUUUUGUCAGAGAAUACAGGCCCAAGUAAAGAGAAACUAUAAGAAUCUUAAAAAGAGGUCAAGGUAUUACUGUCGACAACCGACCGCAGUUUCAACAAUCAAAUUCGUAAACAUAAUUAUUAUGAGGGAUUUUCACAAAUCUAUUAGAACUUGCUGGUGUCUCUUCGUUCUCUUACCAAUUGCGAAAAAACUUUCGAAAAGUUUGAUCCAAAAUAUAAAACCUCAAACCUUGCGAAAUCAAAAGGAUGCUGACUUGCCGUAAAUUUUAUACAAUUUUUGCGCACGCGUUUUGGAAUUUAGAAACGUUGGUUUUUAGGAGGCGGGAUAACCGGAGUACCCGGAGAAAAAUUGACAUCUUAGAGCAGAGAAAAGAGGCAGAGAACAGAUUCGAGCCCGGGCCAGUCCACAUUGCAGUGCCAACUGUUCUUCUUGCUCCCCAAACUUAUAUUGCCUUAAUCAUACAUAUUAUUAUAUUAUCUGUCUGGGUGUCUUAUGAUCUUUGAUAACAAGAAAGUUUUACGAUAAUUUCUUUUUUUCCUGUGCUUCAGGUCGCAAUAAAGUUCGUUUCAAAGGAGUCUGUUCACGAGUUUAAAGUGGUGAGUUUUACACUGCACAAGUUUGGGCAGUUAAAUGGAACGAGAUAUCAUGAUAAUGGCUACACUGGAAAAUUUGGAAGAGGAACGGGAAAACCCCUUGGCAUUUUCUAUUACCGAACCGUAGUCCCAGAAGCACUUGAUUUUUCGCAUCUUGUAAUUACAAUAAGUUAUCUGAUACAAAAGACAAGGCUGAGAAGUACAAUGUGUCCUUCACUUGAAAACAAGCGACUACAAAUAUUUUUCAUGUCCUGAUAAGCGCCAUUUGUUAGAUCCAAACAAAAUAGUCCUUCGGUAGCAAAACUAGACCUUAAAUUUACACUGUAACAAUUUUCCUUCAAACUGGGUCACGUUAAGAAAACUAAUCCAGCAGUUUAAAGAAACUAAAGCUAACCAUUUCCUGUUCUCUAUGCAGAUUAAUGGCAGACCAGUUCCAGCUGAGGCCUAUCUUCAAAACAAGACACGCCACCGUUACGUGAUCAGGAUGUACGAACUUUUUACAACGAACGAACACUACGUUUAUGUGAUGGAAAGACCAGAAAUUUGCAAAGACUUGUUUGACAUCCUUCAUGUCAGGGCGACACUGACAGAGAACGAAGCGAGAAGGUACUUCUCUCAGAUCUUGAAGGCUAAUAUUUGCUGCGAGGAAAAUGGCGUCCUCCAUAGAGAUCUUAAACCAGAAAACAUCCUGGUUGAUAUGCUCCAUGACGAAGCUAAGCUCAUUGAUUUUGGGUUGGCUUCUGAAGUCCAAGAGGAACCUUUCCUGAAAUUUAGAGGUAUGAAUAAGCUUUCUUAAAUGCAUUCCAGCCUUAAGGUACGGGAAAAAGGGCAACAAAAAAAGUGCAACUUGUUUUGUGACUUGGCUGCAAAACGAGUUGAAUGGCAAUGUUGUUCGUUUCAUCACCCACGAAAAAAAAAACGUGGAAAAACUGGGAACCUUAGCUGCAAGACAGGCUCGAAUGUGGGUCGGUUAAAACACGUCACAUCGCUAUUUAACUUGUUUUGAAGCAAUGUUGCAAAACAAGUUGCACGUUUUUUGUUGCCGGUUUUACUGUAGCUUAACACGUUGUCUCAUGACUUAUGAGUGUAAGCUUGAGAGAAAAAUAUGCGGAUUAAGGUAGACGAAUUGAGCCAACAAGAAAACAGCACGAAUGUUUUGUUAUUUUUCACUCUUUAGGCCAGUCAAUCAGAAUACUGAAUACUGAAAUAAUUUUACCUAAUCGUUGCUUUAAUAUUAUGAUAACUCUUAAUGUGGUGAAACAUAACUGAAACCAACGUUUAGCGACGCAUAAAAAUGGUAAAAAACUUUUUCAUUUGCUGAUUGUUUAGGUACCAAAGCUUACACACCACCCGAGUACUUUAGUACAGGGAAGUAUGACGGAUGUCAAGGAACAGUGUGGCAACUGGGAAUUUUGUUGGUUGAGAUGUUAUCUCCAGUCAUGGCGUUUGAUAAACCUGAGCAAGCUCUAACAGUGUCACCUAGAAUCCCUGAAAAUCUCUCGCCAGGUCAGUAUGUAAUGUAA